ACUCCUGUGUAUGUCAGGUCACUGGGCUUUAGCAGCAGCACGAGUGAAAGGUUGGCGUGUCGACCAAUCACGGCAGGCCUGUGACACAAAAGGUGAAAGCUGCUGUGAUAAGCAGGCAGCAGACUGAGUCCACCCUGUUGUGUUUUUAAGACGUCAAAAGGGGGAGAGAGAAGACGCUGCUUGGCAGUACUGUAGGUUUACGCCCGCUUUGGUCCAAGCCCCAGGCCGACUAUGUCCCACUACGCCAGCCAACUGAAGAGGGACGCCCAGGUCCCGAUCGGGACGCGGUUCACGGUGCACCGCAGCAAGGUAAGCAGCAGCAGCAGCCACGCGGCUUCCGCCGGGGCGAGCGCAACCUACAGCGCCCACAGCAACCUCUACCAUGGCGCGGUCAACGCGAACGCCUACCACUACGAGACCGACCUCACGGAGCGAUUCAACUCGUACGCCAUCAAGGUGCGUCUCCUGGAGGACGACAACAGGCGGAUCGGGAUCCGAAACGAGGAGUUGGAAAUCCUUAUCAAGGAGCUGAGGACCAAAAUCACGGAACUCAGCCAUUUAAAUGGUAUCAUGUCGAGCGAGCUCGAGUUCUACCGUGCCGAAAACGGGAAGCUCGCCAACGUCAUUGAAACCCUGGAGUUGAGGAAUUCCGGCUUACAGUCGCAGGUAAACGAGGCCAUAGAGGCCGGCGAGAGGGCAAAGGCGAGGAUCAACGAGUUGAUGAGGCAGAUGGAGAAGUUAUUUCACGAGAAGGAGCUUAUCGCGAGAGAAUACGAGAGGAGUCAGGAGACGACAACCACCACGUUUAAGUACGAGGAGUACAACCAGAAGAUCACCAUUCUGCACCAGACCAUCAAUGACCUGGAGAGUUCGAUCAGGAUCCUGAAGGUCGACAACAAGGACCUGGAGAAAGCAGUCGGGAAGAAGAAUAACGACAUACAAGUGCUAACAGCCGACAAGGUACGCAUAGAACACGAGCUUAGUCAAUGGGCAGCAGAGAAGAGACGUCUACUUGAGCAGAUCUCCUCAGUGACAGAAAGUAAGCGCCUGCUUGAGCUUGAGAUCAUCAAACUGAGGGAGGAAUCUAUGAACGCCAGCAUUACCAUUCAGCAAACGUCAGCAAGUUUCUCCUCGGCCGCAUCGCCAUCAAGUGACCAGAAGGACAGAGAGAUAGAAGACCUGAUGAACGAGUUGCAGAGGAUGAGAGACAUGAACGACAGCUUGAAGAAGGACAUGACGACCAUGGAGCUGAAGAUGGAAGAAGCUGGAAGUAGAGACGCCGGCGGAUUCGGAGUCGGAGUUGGAGGGGGUCAAGGGGGCGUGACCACCGAAGACGUCCAGAGAAAGGACAGGGAACUGGACGACGCCAGAGACGAGCUAGCAAGGCUGAAGGCAGAGCUAGACAAGGCUAAUGCAGACAACAUGAGGAUACAGGGAGACAUGGGGAAGAUGAAGAUGCAGUUGGAUUCAACACAAAAGGAGAUGCAGAAUGCUCAACAGGAUGCCAGAGCAGCGGCCCAGAAAGAAGGAGGGGAAGCUAAGAGACUCCAGGGAGAGCUAGACCGACUUCGUGCCCAACUAGAAGCAAAGGACAGAGAAGCCAAGGCCUUAAAAGACAAGGUAGAUGGUUUAAAUAACGAAAAGAGAAAUCUCCAACGCAAGCUGGAGGACACAGAGAGGGAGGCAGGAAAACAAAGGAAACAGAUGGAUGAUCUGAAGAGGCAGAAGGAGAGAAGUGCAAGUCAAAGUGCGGAAGGAGAUAAAAUGAAACAAGAGAACAGAGAGUUGACACUGAAGAUGAACAGGUUCGAGUCGCAGAUAGGACAGCUCCAGUCUGAGCUGGACAUCGCCCUGAGGAAGAUUGAGGAGUUGGCUCGAGAGAACGAAACGCUGGAUGCAGACAACGCAAACCUGAAGUCAGAGAGGGAUCUGUUGAAGAAUCGCCUAGCUGACAAGGAAAGCGAGCUACAAGACGCUCUAGACGAGUUGGCCAGGCUACGAAAGGAGAGGCUAGAGUUUGAAACGAUGACAAAGGAGGUCAGCCAUACAGAGGUCACGUUCCAAGGCAAGGUUCAAGACUUGGAAGACCAGCUGGCCGCUCUCCAGAGGAGGCUGAAAGACGCUCAGGCAGAGAACGAAGCCAAGGACAGGGAACUGAGAGAAGCACAGAUGGAUCUUGAGAGCGCUGAACGCAAAAUGACCAUCAUAACGGAGGAGAAGAAGAGGUUAGAGAGCGACUCCGAUAACAUCAAAGAUGCGGGGAAGGGUCUCGAAGACAAGUGCUUCACACUGGAGAGCAGGUGCACCUCCUUACAGGCUGAGCUAGAGGCACUCAGGAAGCAGCUUCAAGACAAAGACGACGCUCUCAAGGAAGUAGAAGACGAAAGGGCGAGGCUAGAGAUAGAGAAGGGAGACAUAGAGAACAAGAUGCACGGAAUGGAAGGAGAAAUGAAGAGGAUUAAGGUUGACCUAGACAGCGCUAAGGGGCAAGUAGAGCAGCUGUCAGGGCCCAUGCAGGAACAGCAGUCGUCCCUCAGCAAAGUCGAACAGAAAAACGUCCAGCUCCAGAAGAAAAUCGUCACCUUGGAGACCGAAAAUGGCAAACUCAAAGACCAGCUAGCUGGAAAAGCCAAGGAGUUACAAGACAUGAAGAACAAGAUGGACAAGAUCGGUAAAGAACGCGACGAACUCCGAAACCAGCUGAGGGGAUUGGAAAAGAAGACCAAGGAGCAGGAAAACCAGAUCAUUUCCAUGACGACCAAAAUAACAACACUGGAAACACAAAUCAAGUCUCUCCAAGAGCAGAUUUUCAUUCUGAAAGAAUCCUCGUCAAAAGUCACAGAAUACGAAAGGAAGAUCACCAUCUUGGAGAGAGAUCUUUCCGUCAAGGUCACCUCGGAAAAAGAACUGAGGUCAGAGGUUACAGAGUUGAAGAGGACGGUCAAGGAGCUGACGAAGACGAAGGACACCCUGGAGAGGACCAGGAAGCAACUGACGGUCAAGGUGGAGAAAUUAGAGAUCACCAUGAAGCAGUUGGAGGUGAAAGUAACCGAAGGAGAGGAGGCCAUUGUCAAGGUGCAGAGUUUAACUUUGAAGACGUCCCACCUGGAGAAACAAGUAGAGAUGUACAAGGUCAAGUUGGAAGGAUCUUCAAAGGAGAUAAAGGAACUGGAGAACGAGAUUGAGAGGUUGAUGGAGGAGAACCGGGAGAUGAAGAGGACCAUCAUCCGCCUGGGCGAUCAGGACCAAUACAACCUAGAGCAGGCCAUCAGACAAAUUGACGACCUGUCCGGACGAAUCGACAACCAACAGAUUGAUGACGUCAGAAAGAUGGUGGCAUCAAAAGAUAUGCAGGUGAGGCAGCUUGGAGAGCAGAUCAAAGUGCUUAUGGAGGAGAACUCUCGGCUAGAGACAGCUUUAAUCAGCGCUAACACCGCCACACACACAACCACCACCAUCCUUCAGAACGGUAGCGUGUCUUCCCAAGAGUCUAGUGUUGGGAAGUGGUCUGGGGGGAGCUCUACCAUUUCAGGAGGCACCAUGAACUUCACGACACAACAACAUGGCGGAUCGGCGACGUUUUCCCAACAUGGCGGAUCCAUGAGUCAGCACAGCGUGGUGUCUCACCAGAAACAUACGACCAAUGAGAUGCACGGUGGGGUGGUGACGCAUGGACAUCACGUGACACACCAGGGGAAAACAGUAUCAAGCUCCACCGUAUCAGGACAGGUGGGAAUUACUACAGUACGGUCAGAAGCUUUCGAUAGAGCUGAAAAGCAUGCAGCAGUGGUUUCAGGGGCUUUUGAGCAAGCUGGGCUGCAUAAUGUAACGGUGUCAGCUGCAGGAGCAAUGCAUAAUAAAACGCAAUCAAGCAUGGUGUCGGGAAGCACUUUCGCCGCUGAAACUGCACUUGGCAAUGCUCAUUGUCAUUGUCAUUGCCAUAAAACAGAAACGUCCACUGUUACCACUGUUACCCUAAACAAGGGCGUUGAAAAUGUCGAUGGCAAAGUCACUAUUACUUCUGUAUCAGGCGAUGCAAAAGUUGACGAAUCUUCCGUCAAUGUAAUGACAGGCAAUGCUACAGAAUACGUUACUGCAGCCACCGGUUCUUCUGAAAGUGUAGAUGUAUCACACAAAGUAGCUGAGCAUACUGUGUUGAAUUCAGGUUCUAGUACAGACUCCGUCACCGUAGUCACUGUAUCUUCGGGGACUAUUGAUGAGGCAUCGAACGUAUCAGGCGUGGUGACAGAAAAUGUUUCCGUUGUAAUAAAUGGAAAAGGUACCAUGAGUCUAGACACUGUGGAGUCAGGCACAAUUUUCACUAGCGUCACUGAAGAGUCGCAAAACUCUAGUGCUUUGUCGUCAGGUGUAGUUACAGAAGAUGUUACAUUGACAGUACAGGCAUCAGACGUCACUACAGAUCAGGCCAAUAUGGUGACAGAAACAUCAGUGAUAAAAUCGGCUACGUUGUCUGAAAAAUCACAGGUCACUUCAGGAAAGGUUGUUACGGUAACCAAAUCUUCAGAAGUAGGAAGUGAUCAAGUCACUAUUUCAUCAGACGCUAUCGUAGCUGGCGUCCUUGAAACACAAACGUCGUCUGAUUCUUUGUCUUUGUCCACAUCAGGGGAAACUGGUUUGUCUGACCAGUCAGGUGUAGUGACGGAAAAGGUGGGUAAUGAAGACCAAGUUACAGUUGAAGGGUUGAACACAACAUCUGUCACUUCAGUUACCUCAGAGUCGGAGUCAGUUGUUUUGUCGUCAGGUAUAGUGACUGUUGAGGGGGUUUCAAUGACAGUGCAGGCAUCAGAAGCUAUCACAGACCAGGUUAAGGUGGUGACGGGAGUCACAGAAGAGUCUAAAAAGUCUAGUGUGCUGUCGUCAGGUGUAGAAACGUCGGCAAAUGUCACAAUGGUGGUGCAGUCAUCAGAAGUCGCUACAGAUCAGGUCAAUAUGGUGACAGGAAAAUCGAUGACAUCAGUGGUAGAAUCAUCUACGUCUGAAAAAUCACAAGUCUCUACAGGAAAUAUCGUUACGGUUACCAAGUCAUCAGUAGAAGGAAGUGAGCAAGUUGACAUUUUAUCAGGCGGUAGCAUAGGUGGUGUCCUAGUAACACAAGCAUCUUCUGAUUCCGUAACUUUCUCCACAUCAGGGGAAACUGUUGAGGGUAGUACUGUUUUGUCUGGCCGGUCAGGUGUAGUGACAGAGAAGGUCGUCAUAGUAACUGAAUCAGCUACAGGUGAUCAGGACCAAGUUACAGUUGAAGAGUUGAACACUACAUCUGUCAAUUCACUUACCUCAGAGUCGGAGUCAGUUGUUUUGUCGUCAGGUAUAGUGACUGUUGAGGAUGUUUCAAUGACAGUGCAGGCAUCAGAAGCUAUCACAGACCAGGUUAAGGUGGUGACGGAAGUCACAGAAGAGUCGAAAAAGUCUAGUGUGCAGUCGUCUGGUGUAGAAACGUCGGCAAAUGUCACAAUGGUGGUGCAGUCAUCAGAAGUCGCUACAGAUCAGGUCAAUGUGGUGACAGGAACAUCGGUGACAUCAGUGGUAGAAUCAGCUACGUCUGAAACAUCACAGGUCUCUACAGGAAAUAUCGUUACGGUUACCACGUCAUCAGUAAUGGGAGGUGAGCAAGUUGACAUUUCAUCAGGAGGUACCAUAGGUGGCGUCCUGAGAACAGACGCGUUGUCUGAUUCCCUAACUUUCUCCACAUCAGGGGAAACUGUUGAGGGUAGUGCUGUGUUGUCUAACCAGUCAGGUGUAGUGACGGAGAAGGUAGUCAUUGUAACUGAAUCAGCUAUAGGUGAUAAAGACCAAGUUACAGUUGAAGGGUUGAACACAACACCUGUCACUUCAGUUACCUCAGAGUCGGAGUCAGUUGUUUUGCCGUCUGAUAUAGUGACUGUUGAGGGGGUUUCAAUGACAGUGCAGGCAUCAGAAGCUAUCACAGAACAGGUUGGUGUGGUAACUGAAGUCACAGAAGAGUCGAAAAAGUCUAGUGUGCUGUCGUCAGGUGCAGAAACGUCAGAAAAUGUCACAAUGGUGGUGCAGUCAUCAGAAGUCGCUACAGAUCAGGUCAAUGUGGUGACAGGAACAUCGGUGACAUCAGUGGUAGAAUCAGCUACGUCUGAAAAGUCACAGGUCUCUACAGGAAAUAUCGUUACGGUUACCACGUCAUCAGUGGAAGGAAGUGAUCAAGUUGAAAUUUCAUCAGGCGGUAGCAUAGGUGGCGUCCAGCUGGGAACACAAGCAUCUUCUGAUACCCUAACUGUCUCCACAUCAGGGGAAACUGUUGAGGGCAGUACUGUGUUGUCUGGCCAGUCAGGUGUAGUGACAGAGAAGGUCGUCAUAGUAACUGAAUCAGCUAUAGGUAAUAAGGACCAAGUUACCGUUGAAGGGUUGAACACAAAAUCUGUCACUUCAGUUACCUCAGAGUCGGAGUCAGUUAUUUUGUCGCCCGAUAUAGUGGCUGCUGAGGGAGUUUCAAUGACAGUGCAGGCAUCAGAAGCUAUCACAGAACAGAUUGGUGUGGUAACUGAAGUCACAGAAGAGUCGACUGUUUUGUCGUCAGGUGUUGUGACUGUUGAGGGGGUUUCAAUGACAGUGCAUGCAUCAGAAGCUAUCACAGACCAGGUUAAGGUAGUGACGGAAGUCACAGAAGAGUCGAAAAAGUCUAGUGUGCUGUCGUCAGGUGUAGAAACGUCGGCAAAUGUCACAAUGGUGGUGCAGUCAUCAGAAGUCGCUACAGAUCAGGUCAAUAUGGUGACAGGAACAUCGGUGGUAGAAUCAGCUACGUCUGAAAAAUCACAGGUCUCUACAGGAAAUAUCGUUACGGUUACCAAGUCAUCAGUAAUGGGAGGUGAGCAAGUUGGAAUUUCAUCAGGCGGUAGCAUAGGUGGUGUCCUAGUAACAGACACAUUGUCCGAUUCCCUAACCAUGUCCGCAUCUGGAGAAACUGUUGAGGGUAGUACUGCGUUGUCUACUGAGUCAGGUGUAGUGACGGAGAAGGUAGUCAUUUUAACUGAAUCAGCUGUUAGUGAGGGCCAAGUUACUUCAGUUACCUCAGAGUCCAAGUCAGAAUCAGUUGGUUUAUCGUCCGAUAUAAUGACAGAGGGGGUUGUGUUGACGGUAAAUGUAUCAGAGGCUAUUACAGAACAGGCUAAUAUUGCAACAGAAACAUCAGUGGCUGUAGUUUCGCAAACUGUGGCGGUGUCAGAAAACUCACAAUCACAAUCAGAAAACUCUACUGUGGUGACAACAGUAUCCAGCACACAGAUGGCAUCUUCAGAAGUGAUAGAUUCUAUGCAAACUUCUAUGGUGUCGGUGUCAGGCACAGCAAUGCUUUCUACAGAGGUGGCAUCAACCUCUUCUUCGGCUGAGGUGGUAACGGGCUCAUCGGAGUUAUCACAGAACAUUGUUUCUAACGACUUCGUUACCGAAACGCAGACGGUGACAACAGGUGAGGUACACACCACCACUCAAGUUAUGGGAGGAACAGCCACGUCCUCAAGUACCGCCGAAAAAAUCAUGGUGAACGUGCCGAUUAGCAAGAGCGUCGUGGUCCAUGGAGCAGGGGACCUUGCAGCUGGGCAGAAGAUCAAAGUUAAUGUGCCGCAUGCACAGAGUAUUUCAACCGCCAACGCAUCUGGUAGUGGUCAAACCAUCAGUGUCAAUGUGCCCAUGACCGCUGACCAAACCAUCACGACUCACACCAUGUCAAGCGAGAAGAUCAUGGUGAACGUUCCCAUGGCAACGACGCACACGACUCACACCACGUCAAGCGAGAAGAUCAUGGUGAAUGUUCCCAUGACAACGACUCACACCACGUCAAGCGAGAAGAUCAUGGUCAACGUUCCCAUGGCAACGACUCACACCGUCACGACGCAGGAGCACAUGUCGAUGGCUGGAUCGGCAGGGCAAAGCGUCACGGUCCAGGGAGGGCAGAUGGCAACAGGGGCAGCCCAGAAGAUCAUGGUUAACGUGCCAAUGGCAGGUGGAUCAGGAGCACAAGUCGGACAAACCGUUACAAUGCACGGAGGAGGUGAAAGCCACGCGGCCGGUCAGAAAAUCAUGGUCAACCUGCCUACAUCGGCAGUAAGCACCGAGGCCAGCGGCUCACAGAAGAUUAUGGUUAACGUACCAGUGACACAGACUGUAACCGUGUCACCAACUGUUACAGUCAAUGUUCCGGUUACCAAAAGCUGAUGAACAUUAGAUCUGAGUUGGUGAUAUCCAAUAUAAAGCAAUUAUAUGGAGGAUGGCCUAUUUAUUUUAUGUCUAUGUGGGGUGUGAGUUGAAGACAAGAAAACAGCAAUAUCAGGAAAACAACUGUGAAAUUAGAUAAAAGAAGGAUGACAUGCAUGUGUUACUCUUGCUCUAUUAUGGUGCCAUUGUGGUUUUGAUCUGAUCUACUAUGUGAUAACUUGGGCUUGGUUAAGGGUUUACUUGUAUUUCGAAAACAAAGCUAUUCUAAAUGUGAUAGUUUCUUCGAUAUUUUCAACAUCGCCUUUUCCUGGCAAGUUUAUUUUUACGACACAACCUAUCUGCAAUUAGCCAAGCAAUGGAUGGAACUAUAGUUAGUGAGUUGAAUAGCCCAUACCAUUAUGUCUAUUACAUGUCGACCACAAGUGUAUUCUUAUCUCGAUUUGGCCAUUCAUAUACAAAUGUGAGACAACAGCCUUGAACAGGACAGUCUGAAAUGUGUCAUAGGUCGUUACCAUUGCCAUGUAUUAAUCCUUUACUGCAGGAGUACUUAUUUUUGGCUGCGUAUAUAAGAUAGUUUCAUUGGCUAUGUGUGAUAGACUGGAGGAUACUGCGGAUAUAUAUUUGAGAGUUGGUACCGAGGGAAUUUCGAUGGGGGUGUUGGCCGGUUUGUACUGUUAUUUGAGGUUUUGGGGUUGUUGGAUAAUGGUUGAUAGUUUAUAUCACAAUAGUCAAUAUUCACAUAAGGAAAUCUCUUCAUAACUGCAGCAAAUGUUCGGUGACAGCAUAUCUGGCAAAGCUUAUACCUACAAGCUUAAGGACCACCUAGUUCUUUUUUGUUAAUGACGACACGACUGUCAAAAACAGUGACUGUCAUAAUUUCACGUUCCGUGACUGUCAGGUGAACUUUCAUGCUAGUACUGUCAUAAUUUGUUUUCCCAACAUCAAUAAAUACAAACUAUUGUG